AUGCACUUCCAAUCGCGCGUAUCCACAACCACCGUGCACGAACUCCUCUUUGCCGACGACUGCGCCCUGAACACCACCUCGGAAGAGGAGAUGCAACGGAGCAUGGACCUGUUCUCCGCCGCCUGUGAGAAUUUCGGUCUGGUCAUUAACACGCAGAAGACGGUGGUGAUGCACCAACCGCCACCCAACUCGGCCACAGCCCCCAACGCGCCGCCGCAAAUCAGCGUGGAUGGGACCCAACUGCAUGUGGUGGAGAACUUCCCAUACCUGGGCAGUACUCUCUCCCGCAACACCAAGAUCGACGACGAAGUCGCCAACAGGAUCUCGAAAGCCAGUCAAGCCUUCGGUCGCCUCCAAAGCACAGUUUGGAAUCGCCACGGUCUUCAGCUGAGCACGAAGCUGAAGAUGUACAAGGCCGUCAUCCUGCCGACACUACUGUAUGGAGCGGAGACUUGGACGGUGUACGCAAAGCAGGCGCGUCGUCUGAACCACUUCCACCUCAGUUGUUUUCGUCGCAUCCUGAGGCUGAACUGGCAGGAUCGAAUCCCCGACACUGAUGUGCUGGAACGGACGGGAAUCCUCAGCAUCUACGCCAUACUGAGGCAAAUUCAGCUGCGCUGGAGCGGCCACCUGGUGCGCAUGGACGACGAGCGACUACCCAAACGACUCUUCUACGGAGACGUCGCGACGGGUUCUCGCCGUCAAGGAGGCCAGAUUCGCCGUUACAAGGAUACCCUGAAGUCCUCCCUGAAAUGCCUGCAAAUCAACCCGACCAACUGGGAGGAGCUCGCACUUGAUCGACCGACCUAG